CUAUCGCCGCCUCGAGUCGAUCAGCAAAGGCUCGGAAUACAUCUUGACAACAGAGAAGGGAACACAAAUUUCAUGUUCAACAAUGUCAAAGCUUGUGGAAAGAGAGUGGCUGAGGCAUGCUAAAGCACUUGGCAGGCCUCUGCCACGUCUCACUGCGACCAUGUGCAGGAAGAUGGCGGUGACAGCCCUGAGAAACUCUGGCGGGGACCGGGAGGCCCAGAGGUCCCUGGCCAAACAUAUGGCUCAUUUGCCGUCGACAGCCGACCGCUAUUAUGACAGGUGUUCCGACCGUCAGAACAGAGCGAAAGUCCUACAAACAGUGAAGGAGCGCUAUAUGAAGAAAGCACAGGUGGUAGAGGAAGAGAAGAAGGAGGAUGACGACGACAGCGAUUCGGAUAUGAUUAGAUUUAACACCACCAAUAUAGAGGUGUCACGAUUCGUCGCGAUGCAAAAUGUGUCCUUACAUACCAGACUGAUGACAGAAUCACUCACGUCAGAGCAUUUUGCUGAAGUGUUAAAGAAGUGUUGUUGA